GAUUGUGUUUGUUUGUUUGCUUGUUUGUCUUUUGAACCUCAGUCAGCAUCCAAAUCGAGCUCCCUCGCUCCGUCACGGUUCGUCCCAAAGCGGGCGAGACCAAAUGUGCUGCAGCAUCAUUGAAUGCCUUUGUCCUUUGCUUUGUGCAGCAUUUGCGAGAUGGUUGGUAGUUUGCAGUCCGCUCUUCAUCACCAAGAUGCUUUUGAUUUAUUCUUCUGAAAAAUGGCAGGCAUGGAACCCACUAGAAUUGCCAACAGAACUGGCAUCUGAACUGGACUCUGAGUGGUUUGUCCUUUACCGACAGGAUUUGGAGCUCUGUGUGAAUUUCAAUGAGCAGAUUACCCUGAAUUCUUGCAUGUGGCCGGAUUUGUGGCGUUUUGCCAAUGGAAGUCUGGAACAUCAAAACACUGGUCUUUGUCUCACUUAUGAUCGAAGCAACACAAAUGAUAGUUUAUGCCAUGCUAUCACUUGGGAGAGUGACGAGCGGCUAUGUGUUGUAUUGACGCUUGCCGGCUGCCCUUGUGACCAUCGACGGGACGUGAAUUACCCUGACUGGGCCCAGAGAUGGCACGCAGACAGUGGCCGGAUCAUUAUGCAAGCAUCGCUCAAUGAAACAGAUGUCAACACCACCUCCAUGGUGGAUGAAACCCAAAAGAAGCACUUAUUCAUGUGGAUUUCUGGUGAGGACCAGGCGGCGGUUCCGAGGUUGGAACAAGACUCAAGCUUCGGAGCCAUGGUGAAGCUCAAGUUCUACUUGGCAAAGUUUGGAGAUUAUCGGGUCUUGGAACGACAAGUCUGUGGCAAAAAUGAUGACUUUUGCUUUGGGAGAGGUCGGUUUCAUGUUGACAACUGCUCCUGCAGCUGUGAUCCACCCUUCAUCGGACGCAUGUGUUCCAUCAUUGAUGAAGAUGCUGCCAGAGAUUUAGACUGUGAAGAAAAGAAGGCUUUGGGUCCUUCGAGGGAGUUCAGUUACCGGUCACUUGUGGAGAGGCUUCAAGAUGCAUUGAACUCAGCGGCUUUUGGUUUGGACUCCUUCUUUUGGAUAUGCAUGUGUUGCAGUCCUUUGGUCUUUUUCUCGUGCUGCAUUAGCGAUGAUUUCUGCACAUAUGUUACUGCUUUCGGAAUAUCUUGUGGAAUCCAGAUAUGCUGGAUAGUGCUGACGGUAUGCUUCAAUAUGCUCUAUCUCUUCAUUCUUUGGGGAGCUUUUCCAUACUAUGCAAUUGUCAGAAAAGGCCGUUGGCCCCAUGCAGAUCGAGAAAUUCUUUUUUGUGCUGGAGGACAAGACUUUGGUUCCUACAUUUUGAUCGUGCAGGCCGCCAACACAAUGCAUUCGUUCAAGAAGCUGAUCACAGCCAUGGUGGAGUACCCAAACCCUGAGGACCCCGUUUCACAAUUGGUACCUUACAUCACCAAGGCUCAUGCCAUCAUUGUGAAGGAGCUACUGAAUCUAUAUGCAUUGGUGGGAAUGGCGUGGGCACAAUUCCCCGAGGAGCCAUCGAUUUUCCCACUAGCAGGCUUCAUUCUUUGUCUGGCCUUGAUUCUUUUGGAAAUGGCUGAGGUCUUUGCUUUGUUCCGAACCCGCCACAACGGAGAACGUUUCGCCGACUGUGAGUACAUCUUUACAUUCUUCCAAGAUCUUCCUGAAUUUCUCUUCACAGCAUGUCUGACUGUGCUUGGUAGCUGGGAUCAAUAUGCUUUGUAUGCGCUUGUGAGCUCAACACUAGCUCUUCUUACCACAGUGGCUCGAGUGCAUCAUCCCGAAGCCCCCUCAUCACAUGAUGUGCGUGAAGAAUUGUGGAACUUGCUGAGUGAGGCCCAGCCAUCUCGCAUGCUCUGUGGGGGAGAACAUGAGUCCACCCCUGCUUGAAUGGAUCCCUCGGGGGAAGCCAGACAAUGACCAGUGCUUGAGC